UGCGAGGGCUACAUAUAAAAAGCGCGGCACCCACCGGAGCUCCCGCGACGCCUUGCCUCAAUCACUUUACCAAGAUAACCCACCACCGGCCGUACCGAAUCGAAUCGGUAAUGGAGCACCACCAGCGGCUGCUGCAUUUGUCGCCACACCAAGAGCACCUCAUGAUCGGCCCGGGCUUCUUCGACGUUGACCCGAUGCACUUCCACGGCGACGACGGCGGCUUCGCGGUGCAGCCGGCCGCCGCGGUCGUCGACGAUGGCGCCUGGAUGGAGGACCUCAUGCAUCUCGGCGACGAGCUGUUCGGCGGUGGAGGUGGCGGCGGCGGCGCCGGGGACGACAACGACAUGGUGGGCGCUGCUGCUGACCAGGAAUGGCGGCAGGAAUGCGAGGGCGCGUCCCCGGACGACCACCCCUGCAGCUACGACGACGUGAUCAGCCCUGUCUCCGGGGAGCAAGGCGCGGGCUUCGAGCCUAGCCGCGACGACAGCGACCUGUCGGGGACGAGGAAGAGGAGGGACCGCUCCAAGACCAUCGUGUCGGAGCGCAAGAGGAGGUUCCGGAUGAAGGAGAAGCUAUACGAGCUCAGGGCUCUCGUCCCAAACAUCACAAAGAUGGACAAGGCCUCCAUCAUCGCCGACGCAGUGGCGUACGUCAAGAACCUGCAGUCGCACGCCAGGAAGCUCAAGGAGGACGUGGCGACGCUCGAGGCGCGGCCGGGAUUGGCCGGCCGGCGGCAGCAGCAGCAGCAGCAGCAGAAGCAGGGCCGGCGGCAGGGGCAGCACGGCCGCAACGGCGGCGACGACGAGGGGAACAGCGGCAGCUCCAGAGGGGGCGGCGGCGCGCGGGUGACGCUAGUGAGCGCGGCCCAGGUGGGCGAGGGCCGCUUCUUCGUGACGGUGGAGUGCGAGCGGCGGGACGGCGUGGCGGCGCCUCUCUGCGCGGCCGUCGAGUCCCUGGCCGGCUUCCUGGUGGAGAGCUCCAACCUCGGCUGCUCGUCGGACCGCGUCGUGUCAACCCUCACACUCAAGGUUAGUGAAGCAAGGGAGGAGGUGAUGAUCAGCGAUCGCACGGUGAAGCUGUGGGUGAUGGCGGCGCUGCUCAGCGAGGGCUUCCGGCCAGAAGCCACGUCGGAGAUCUGCUAAGCCAGCUGUCGUCAUUCCAUGUGUUGUUAGUAGUGUGGCGUGUGGCAUGUCCUCUGGUUUGUCCCUGUCCGUCCCAUCCGUAACAGAUGGCUGCUCAAGGAUACAGAAAGUGGCCGAGUUGUACCGCUGCUGUGCUUCAGUCGACCAGGGCCGUCGCGCGGCCCGCAUGGUUGGUCAAACGGCGCCGUUAAAUGUAUGAAUCAAGUGACGGUAACAAACGCUAGCUAUGGCCGCCUGUGAGUGAUGCACUAUCGUUCAUCUAUGCCGUGCCAUGAACAGACGCUCGUACACGUUUUUGCCCACGGUAUUUAUGCAGUGCGCGCAAGAAGAAUUAGCACUGGCAUAUACUACUACCACUGCUGCUGUACCCAGUUACACUCACUCUGUAACUCGUUCGCUCGCAUUCAAGCACGUAGGCAUCGGUCAAGUACUCGAUCCAGACUGUGACACAGAUUAUAAACUAGGACUACAAAGUUCACUUUGGUAGGGACUCAAUAGUAAGGGUAAGCGAUUAAGUAGGUUCUCUCUUUUAUAAUUUCCAUGUUGUAACUUCCUGGUUCUGA